UUCUCUUAGAUUUUCAUUACACAAGAUCGUAGAAAAGAAAUUUACAAUAAAAUCGAUCGUUACCGCAUAAUGCUGUAAUAUUACCAAGAUAAUACAGAACGACAUAGAAGGUUUUUGUUGAAAGAAUUGUUGAAAAUACCAGGGCAGCACAAUGCCAACGGGUUCUGUUUACAGUGAUGAUGUACGACUUCUUGAUGACCUAACCAGGCUAAAAUUAAAAGUUAUUCAAAAGAAAUUGAACUCAAAUACACAUAGAGAGAACAGAGAUGUCUUAACACCGACACGAUAUCGUCAAUACCACCACAGGCGUCGCUACGUUGACUCUCCGGAUUCAGACAGAUAUGAACCGGAGACUCCACCUCCUCUUCCUCCACCAGAACGAAGAAGGGACCGAUUUUACAGAAAAAUUGAUAAAAGAAAUGAAUUACUCCAUAAAUUAUGGGAGGAAUUAGGCGAUGGAGGGACAAAAUAUCGACGUAGAGAUAGAUAUCUUCCACCACUUACUCCGAGAAGACAAAAUGAGCCGCCCAUAUUUGCUUUUAAUGAAGGUUUCAAAACUGGAAAUACUAAGAAAGACCUUAUGGAAUUAAUGCUGAUACAAAACGCGCAAAUGCAGCAGUGGUUGAUGACACAAACAUUGGCGAAACGUGCUGGUGCUGCUGAUGACGAUGCACCACAUCAUUAUCAUCAUUAUUACGGAGAUCCAAGAACAUAUCCGCUACCACCCAUCAAAAAAACCGAUUCCGGUAAUCAGUAUCCUCAGGAUUUCUUUGCUGGCAAUAGAUCACCAUCUCCGGCACCAGCAGCAGAGGCACCACCGCCACCAGCUGGAAAAAACAAGCGCCGAUAGAGAUACUCAGCUGCAUAGCAUAAAUAUGAAAAAGGAUGGACUUAUUUUGACAAACAUUACCCAGAGUCGCAAUAUUUUUAACCAAUGUAUCAAGUUUGUAACUUUAUUACGAAGUUAGAGUCGGUCACAGAGAAAUAAUGGGUCGACCUAUUCGUAUCACCUUCUCUUAGCGUGAUUUAUCAACACAAAUGUUAUACAAGCGAACUUUAUUGUUUAUAGCUCGUCACUGUGUAAGAAAAUCAGGCCCAAACGAGACAACUACGUUAUUUCUAUAAAGCUUUUUCAAAUUUGUCUUUUUAUGUUACCGUUCCUACAUGCAGUAUAUAUUUGUAGAUUUUUAUAUGUAAAGUAUUAGGUGAUAAUCAUGAAUAGUUGAAUGAUCAUAGGCAAAAUUAUAUUCGUAAAAAUAACAAAAACAGCUGAAAACUUUACCUCUACUUCUAUAGCAUGUAGUGAUACCCCUAAUGAUGGUUGGAAAAAUAUUGUUAAAAUACGAUGCUUUGAAAUUUCCACAGCUUGGUAGACUACCCGGUUCAGUUUUAUCACUGUCUGUGUAUUUUACGCCUAUCCUGUCUUAACAAAAAUCAAAUGAAACCCAAACAUCCGUUUUAGCUAUAGUCGAAGACUAUCAUUUAGUUCAUUAUUUCACCAGUACCGAACUAAUUGAUUCAAUUCGAUCAAAAUUUCUGAAUCGUGAAGCAUUAAGCUAGGAUUUCCAUAAAUGAGUUAAUAAAUUCAUUUCUUUUUUCUGCUCAAACGAGUGAAAAAUGUACAGAAAACCCGAGUUAUUUAGCAGAAAAUUCAUACUUUUUCAAUGUGUAUAGUAUACGAUUUUGAUAUUUUUAUACUGUAGAUCGACUUAGGCAUAUUGUUUAACAAGAGUUGACAAUUUCAUGCAGUAAAUUCUAUUUUAUGAAAUACCGCCAUUAA